AGCGUACCAUUCAAUAAUAAAACAUUAAAAACAAUGGCGGUGCCCAUUGAUGAGGGCGUUCUGAACGCCCUUAGAGGCAUGGACAACAGAAACACACGCUUGCCGAAACCCUUACUUAUUAAGGUGUAUAUAUCCAGUUUGAAAGAGGAAUUCUGCCAGGAACGACGUAUGUUAUUGGAAUUGGUGGGUCCUGAAUUGCAGUCACUAUAUGAUGACAGGCAAAUUGAGAUUGAAAUAGUUGACAUGCAUUUUGGAACAGGACCAACAAAAAUAACUCAAAUAGAGCAAGAUCCGUACAUCAUGCGGGACUAUUUGCAUGAAAUAGAAACCUGCUAUAAUAAUUCAAAAAGUGUUUUCUUCAUUGCACUUAUUGGACACAGCAUUGGUCGAAUGCCAUUGCCCACUCACGUUGAUGAAGAUAUUUAUACACGCAUAUUGGGGGACACAAACAUAACAGACAAUGAGUCCUCCCUUUUGAAUAAAUGGUAUGCGAAGAGUGUGCAAAAGGCAACUGAAAUCGGACAUGGCACAGACGAAAAUAGUAGCCGAUAUCAAUACGUGCUUAAACAGGAUUAUCGGUAA